AUGUCUGACUCUAGACCUGAGGACCAGUCCCAGUCUGACUCUAGACCUGAGGACCAGUCCCAGUCUGACUCUAGACCUGAGGACCAGCCCCAGUCUGACUCUAGACCUGAGGACCAGUCCCAGUCUGACUCUAGACCUGAGGACCAGCCCCAGUCUGACUCUAGACCUGAGGACCAGUCCCAGUCUGACUCUAGACCUGAGGACCAGCCCAGUCUGACUCUAGACCUGAGGACCAGCCCCAGUCUGACUCUAGACCUGAGGACCAGUCCCAGUCUGACUCUAGACCUGAGGACCAGUCCCAGUCUGACUCUAGACCUGAGGACCAGUCCCAGUCUGACUCUAGACCUGAGGACCAGUCCCAGUCUGACUCUAGACCUGAGGACCAGUCCCAGUCUGACUCUAGACCUGAGGACCAGUCCCAGUCUGACUCUAGACCUGAGGACCAGUCCCAGUCUGACUCUAGACCUGAGGACCAGCCCCAGUCUGACUCUAGACCUGAGGACCAGUCCCAGUCUGACUCUAGACCUGAGGACCAGUCCCAGUCUGACUCUAGACCUGAGGACCAGUCCCAGUCUGACUCUAGACCUGAGGACCAGUCCCAGUCUGACUCUAGACCUGAGGACCAGUCCCAGUCUGACUCUAGACCUGAGGACCAGCCCAUCCCAGUCUGACUCUAGACCUGAGGACCAGCCCCAGUCUGACUCUAGACCUGAGGACCAGUCCCAGUCUGACUCUAGACCUGAGGACCAGUCCCAGUCUGACUCUAGACCUGAGGACCAGCCCAGUCUGACUCUAGACCUGAGGACCAGUCCCAGUCUGACUCUAGACCUGAGGACCAGUCCCAGUCUGACUCUAGACCUGAGGACCAGUCCCAGUCUGACUCUAGACCUGAGGACCCAGCCCAGUCUGACUCUAGACCUGAGGACCAGUCCCAGUCUGACUCUAGACCUGAGGACCAGCCCCAGUCUGACUCUAGACCUGAGGACCAGUCCCAGUCUGACUCUAGACAUGAGGACCAGUCCCAGUCUGACUCUAGACCUGAGGACCAGUCCCAGUCUGACUCUAGACCUGAGGACCAGCCCCAGUCUGACUCUAGACCUGAGAACCAGUCCCAGUCUGACUCUAGACCUGAGGACCAGUCCCAGUCCCAGUCUGACUCUAGACCUGAGGACCAGCCCCAGUCUGACUCUAGACCUGAGGACCAGUCCCAGUCUGACUCUAGACCUGAGGACCAGUCCCAGUCUGACUCUAGACCUGAGGACCAGUCCCAGUCUGACUCUAGACCUGAGGACCAGUCCCAGUCUGUCUCUAGACCUGAGGAACAGUCCCAGUCUGACUCUAGACCUGAGGACCAGUCCCAGUCUGACUCUAUACCUGAGGACCAGUCCCAGUCUGACUCUAGACCUGAGGACCAGUCCCAGUCUGACUCUAGACCUGAGGACCAGUCCCAGUCUGACGCUAGACCUGAGGACCAGUGCCAGUCUAGACCUGGACUCUAGACCUGAGGACCAGUCCCAGACCAGUCCCAGUCUGACUCUAGACCUGAGGACCAGUGCCAGUCUAGACCUGAGGACCAGUCCCAGUCUGACUCUAGACCUGAGGACCAGUCCCAGUCUGACUCUAGACCUGAGGACCAGUCCCAGUAUGAUUCUAGACCUGAGGACCAGUCCCAGUCUGACUCUAGACCUGAGGACCAGUCCCAGUCUGACUCUAGACCUGAGGACCAGUCCCAGUCUGACUCUAGACCUGAGGACCAGUCCCAGUCUGACUCUAGACCUGAGGACCAGUCCCAGUCUGACUCUCCCUCAGUGUGAAGACCCGCUCCUGGUGUCUUCAGUAGAUUCUACAUUCAUGCUGUUUAUUUACAAAGUGCCACAGAACCACAGUCUUUGA